AUUUAAAAUAUGCUUACAACCAUUUGUCAUGUAGAUAGACCUGAAACAAAAAUGUAUUGAUAGCCAAACAAAUAUUUCAGAUAGUGUAAUUGAAAUCGGAUUAUGUCAUUGUAUCGUGCGUGUUUAAGAUAGGGAAUUAUCCGAAUGACAUUGAGAUAGAACCGCAUGUGAUUAUAAUUAUUUAAUUAUAUAAGGAUUUCUUGACUCCGCAGUUCGAUAAUUUAUUAUGGCUUAUUAUUAGGUCUCUACUAAGGAAUUAAGCCCAUCCGGCGUAUACAUGGUAUAUAAAUGGUUUAAGACACACAAAUAAGAGGACAGAGACAUCGGUAUUUCCUCCAGAAUUUACCAGUAGGAUAAUUUCGGUGAUAAUGAUUUUAAAGAGGACAUACUGACUUCAGAUGGUCAAAAAUGGACGUCUUAUUCUGUCACGUCGCUUUAUGGACUAUCCUUUUAUUAUUGCACACAGUUUCUGGUAGAGGAUGUUAUCAAGAUCCGAGGGUGUACAUUGUGACAUUAAGUUUGGAAAAGCAACAGAGGCUUCUACUGAAAGCAAAGGAAACAUGUCUCCUGGAAAUUUUCAACAUGAAUCAAUCAAAAUCAGGUCUUUACUGCAAUCAGACGUUUGAUAAUGUCGUCUGCUGGCCUGACACAAGGGCGGGAACUACGGCAGAACAGAACUGUCCAAACUACAUUAACAACUUUGACACAAGAGCUAAGGCAAAACGGGAGUGUUUACCUAAUGGACAAUGGUACGUACACCCCGACUACAACCAGACAUGGACGGACUUUACAAACUGUCAGAUUAAGGAAGAUCCACGUGGUACUAACGGUACUCUAAUGCGACAUCUUCCGGUGAUAGACACGAUCUCAUUCGUAGGGUAUAGCGUGUCUCUGGUAUGUCUUCUUGUCGCUGUUGCUUUUUUGAUAGGAUUCAGGAGAUUGCAUUGCCAAAGAAACCUGAUUCAUAUCAACUUAUUCGUUUCGUUUAUUCUGCGAUCCAUAAUUUGUCUCGUUAAGGAUGUGUUCCAUACACCGAAAGGACGUUCAUCCGUAAUAAACAACAAGGCGACUCUCACUCCACAAGGAUCGAACUGGUACUGUAAACUGGUGUUCACAUUCUUCAACUACAUCAUCUUGGCCAACUACAUGUGGAUCUUCAUAGAAGGAUUAUAUCUCAACAUUCUCAUCUUUCUGUCCACUUUCAAAAAAAGCAAAAGAUUUUAUCUGUACAUACUUGCAGGAUGGCUGUUACCAGUAAUUUUUGUGAUACCUUGGAUACUGGUCAGAAGAUUUCUAGAGGAUACAAUGUGCUGGAGCACUCACACAGCCGAGAACAAGUUUGUUUGGUUAAUAAGGGGACCCAUUGUAGCCACCAUUGUGAUUAAUUUUAUGUUCUUCAUCAACAUUAUACGAGUAAUUUUCACGAAGCUGAGAGCAACUCAUGUGAAUGAUGGCAAUCGUUACAGAAAACUGGCACGCUCCACACUGGUUCUUAUACCUCUGUUUGGUGUGUACUAUAUGAUAUCUGUUGUCAUGCCAGAAUGCAUGGACCCAAGUGUGGAACUUGUGUGGUUGUAUGUUGAGAGUGGAGUUAAUUCAUUUCAGGGGUUCCUUGUUGCACUACUUUUCUGCUUUCUUAAUGGAGAAGUUCAGCAGGAAAUACGCAAGGAAUGGAAUCGGAAGUGGGCCGAUAGUCGAUUAAGCAAUGCUUCCUUACAAUCCAAUAAAACUUUGUCAAUAGGUGUUCUUGUGAGGAAGAAAAGCUUGUCACCUGUCAUAUUAGCAAAAGACACAUACACAAUCAAAGGAAGAAAUGUUUUACAGGACCAAAAUCUGAUAAACGAGGGUGAAAAAUAUGACAAGGAUUUCAAAUUUCCUGAAAAAGAUGCAAAAGAGGAGGACGAUAAAUUACUGUAUAGCACUUAACUCAGAAUACGAAACGGGACUGGCUAUCUUAUUAUAUAUAUAUAUUUUUUUUAAUUUUUCAAACAAAGAUAGUUAAGAUUGAAUUUUUAAGAUUUUGGAUUUUCCUCUUUAUAACUUCUUUUUUUUCUGUGGAAUGUUUUUUUUUUUUUUUUCAGAAUUUAAAAGUCUCAAAUGACAAAAAAAAAAUAUUGUAAAAAUUCAAUAAAUAUUGCAAUAAAGCUUUCUUGCGUAAUGCAGGAAUAUGAGUAGAUUUUAGUAGAUAUGGUAGACUCAUGGUAUGCACUUUCCUAACCUUGGAAACUUAGAUUUCACAUAGGAAAACCUCAUUUUUGUUUGUAUCACUUGAUUACAAAUUUCAACCCCAGUAAACCCCAGUGACCAAUAUUAUUAUUUUACACACUUGCACACGAGAAAUGUAGAAUUUGAUGUAUCAUAUUUCGUAAAGUAGUUUAAUUAGUUAACUGAUAUCAUUUCUUCAGUCAGAGAGGUAUCUAUGUUAGCAAAGACAUUUGAAUUUUGAAAGAAAAAAUAUUAAAAAUUUUAAUUUUA